CCGCGCGCCACUCGCUCUGGGCCCGCAUGGCGGCGGCGGCUGGAAGCGGGACGCCGGAAGAGGAGGGGCCUGGUGGGGAAGCCGCGACCCCGCAGCCCCAAGCCCCGACUAAUGCGCCUGGGGCUCGUCUCUCGAGGCUGCCCCUAGCGCGAGUGAAGGCCUUAGUGAAGGCGGACCCCGACGUGACGCUCGCGGGGCAGGAAGCCAUCUUCAUUCUGGCGCGAGCCGCGGAAUUGUUCGUGGAGACCAUUGCAAAAGAUGCGUACUGCUGUGCUCAACAAGGAAAGAGGAAAACGCUCCAGAGGAGAGAUUUGGAUAAUGCAAUAGAAGCUGUGGAUGAAUUUGCUUUUCUGGAAGAAGAGGAAGUUACAGAGAUGCGGCAGAAGAGGAUGUCAGAAAGAUUUAAUGCAUCAAAAAGACAACUAACUAUUGCCAACUGUGACAUUGGAGAAGGCUGUGAGCCAAGGAAUGUGGACAACCUCUGAAUGACAGCAAAAAAGUGACUUCUACAAUGGCAUUAGACCGAAUUCUGCAAGUGACAUGUAUGGUCUAGAGACUGGAUUUUCUCCACCGAUCUCCAUAUAGAGUCCAGCUGACCAACACCUUCAUUCUGAGCAGAGAAUCCAGCCAGCUGUGCCAGACUUCUGACCUGCAAAACUGUGAAAAUAAAUAUUGUUUUAAGCUGCCAGGUUUGUGGUAAUGAUGUAUUUUUUACUUGGAGUCAAGGUUUUAAAAAAACAAAAAUUGAAAAUUACUGCUUUUGUGGCAAGGAUCCUAGAAUGGGGGUCAAGAGACUUCUCAUCUUACCCAUUCCUGCUACUCAUCUAAUCAGUUGAGUGGGUUAUUCUAAAAUUUUUUCCAUAUAACAUGUUUUAUGAAUUAUUUUUAUUAAAGCAAAUUUUACUCCAUUUAUUGCAUAGUUCUGUUUUAAUAAGUGCAUGUAAUUACUAUUUCAUUCAUGUUUAUGAAGACAUAUGACCAUAAAAAUUUCUACAUGCUGCCUCUUUAUAGUGCUUUCUCCCCUCGGUCUCCCACCUAGCCCCUGGUAACCAUGGAUCUGUUUAUUGCCCCUAUACUUUUGCUUUCAUAAAUCAUACAGUAUGUAGACUUCUGUGUCUAAGUUCUUUAGGAUAAUGCAUUUGAAAUUCAUACAUGUUGUGUGUAUCAAUAGUUUGUUCCUUUUUAUUGCUGAGUAAUAUUCCACCAGGUGGAAUAUGUUUUCCACAUCCAUUCUCAUUUGAGGAAUAUUUUGAUUGUUUCCAGUGUUUUGUGAUUAUGAAUAAAGUUGCUUUAAACAUUUGUGUACAUGUUUA